AUGUUACCUGAUGAAACAUUCAACCGUCAUCGCUUGAGCAUAAAAGAAUUCUUCGCUAAUGAGGGGAAAGAGCAUAUGGAUAAUUUUAGCUGCAAGCGGGCCUCCAAAGCAAGGACCAAACUGUCCAACCUGUCGUCGGAGCAAUUCUUAGAACUAAGUACAGACGUCAACGAGGAAUUGCACAGACGACGCGGGGACUACGGGAAAAAAUCCAUGCUAUCAACGAGAGAUACUUUCUUCAAGAAACGAAACCAAGCAAGAGAGAAAUUGGCUUUUCUCUCCAAGGACAAAUUUGCAGACCUGCUUACAGACAUAAUGUUUGAGAUUGAAAACAGAAGCAAAAAUUAUCAACACGAUCAGAACAAUUCGAACAACAACAACAACAACGCAAAAGAUGUCAUCCAGAAAGUUGUCGUUGUGCCCACGAAAGCCACGAUUGACUGGUCCUCUGAAGAUGAGGAUGCUGAAAUAGGUGAUGACACAUUUACUCCCAAUUUUGAAUCGAACACCACUGUGGAGCGGGCACAGGAACAACCCUCCAUUGCACUUACGGAAGAAAUGGGAUAUGAUGGAGAUGACACCAGAGUUGGAAAUGAGAACAGUGUAGAGAUUGAGCAAUUAAUGGAGGAGAACAGAUUUUUGAAGAAGCAGCUUGCAGCGCAGAACGUUGCUACAAGUGGGAAGGUCCCUCUGAUCCACUUGAAAAUGGACCAAUGUAGGCAGUAUAAUUAUGAUGGUGGUCGUAUCCCUUUCGAUCUUGUCAAAAGGUUGCAUAUAACAAUUCAAGAAUUCUUCCACAACAUGCAACCUGCGCAUGGGGGUUCAACGGGAGAAAAAUUGUUUUUGUAUCUUUCCAAAAUGACCAAGACUGUGUCUGAUAUAGUACUGCUUGUUGAUGUCCCUGAAUUUAAGGGAGAAGUUGCACUCUUAAAGUCGUCGUUGUCGAACGUGAUUACUGCAACAAGGUAUUUUGUGCUGUACGAGGAUUUCAUACCACCAAUUGCGGUGCAUGCUGCUCUGAAUGAUCUCCUCUUUACAUUAUGUGAUUUGAUUAAAGUUUCUGGAACCAGGAUAGAUCCUGAAUAUCAAAGUAGUGAUAUAUCUUUGCGGUCCGUACAGUCAGUCACAUCAGAUCAAGAGGAGAAAGAGCAGCCUUCGCCAGUGAAACCUCUGAAAAUCGCGGGGAAAUUACGCAGUUCCAAUAGCCAAAGUACGGCAAGCAUAACUAGUUCGUCCAGUAACUUGAAGUCAAUACCGAGCAAAAGUCUACUUCAUGACCUUAUGGAGACAAACCCUGUAACUACACCAACGAAGACAACGGCACCACACGGGGCAAAUCUGCAAGAUCCCUUUACCCCUAACAAUAACUCCACAAUACCGCAUUCUGCGAAAAGUAUCGGCGCGCUAAAAAUGCUUACCGGACAGCAUCGUAAGCCGAGCAUUACGGAGCAUGGAUUUAUGAACAAAUUGAAACAUUUUGGUUCGACCAAGAAAAAUUGA